AUGUUCCCGAUGAGCUGGCCGCCGCACGCCGCGCACGGCAUGUCGGCGCCGGCUCCGAUUCUGGCGACCAAGGGCCCGCUGGGGUACAUGUCGCAGGGCAUGGCGCAGGGCAUCCCGUGCGGGCUGCCACAGGAGAUGGAGUUCCACGCGGGCGACAUGGGCGCGAUGAGCACGGACGGCAUGACCGCGGAGGAGCUCGCAGACCUUGACCCGAAGAAACAUAAGAGGAUGAUGUCGAACCGCGCGUCAGCGAAGCGGUCUCGGCAGCGGAAGCAGGAGCGACUCGAGGAGCUGGAGAUCCAGAGCGCCAAGCUGCGCGUUGAGAACGCGGCCGUCACGCGGCGCUUGAACGAGGCGUCUGAGCACAUUCGGCAAUACCAAGAGAGCAACGACCGCCUGCAGAACGAACUCAAGCGGCUACGCGACGCGCUCGCUCGCGCCGGCGUUCCCGUUGCGAACAAACCGGCUGACGCGGCGGCGGAUGCGGGGAUGAGCGCGGACUUCGCGCUCAAGGUUGGCCAGACGGGGAAGCUAGAGGUGGCGGAGCCUUUUGCGGAAGGCGCCGGGAACAAGCGCGCGAGAUUAUUGGCGUCGACGAGUUUUGAGGAGUCGGAAGAGGAAGGCGUGCACUCGCCCAGUGCGAUCACGGGCGCGACCGCACCUCCGUCGCACGCAGAGGGAGUCGCGGCGGACGCGGCGGUGGUGGCGCACGGAGCCAAUGAAGGGUUGGCGCGGGCGCGCGCGGAUGGCGCGGGGAUGGCGGGCGCGAAGGGGAUGGGGAUGAAGGAUGCGGACACAUUGGCGGAUGCGGAGUUCCUGGCGGGGCUGAUAGGUUGCUUUGACGAUGGCAAGCCUCUCGAGGCGCUCAUCUGA